CAGUGGUUGUUAUAAUUUUUUUUUUUUGGUUUUGGUUUUUAGUUGCUGGUUAAACUUGGUCGUGAGAGGGUAGCAGCCCCCGUCGUUAGCAGUUGCCACCCAAAAAGAAAACAACCGAUGAUCGCGCCAAAAGCAAUUGCAAUUUGUUAAUGUGAAUCUGAAUGUGAAUGUGAAAAGUGAACUUUUGGGUCGAGUGACAAAAAACUGAACACUGGCCAACAACAAAAACAACAAUAAUAAUAAUAACAACAACUAGAAGAAGAACAAGAACACCAGCAACAUUAAUCAACAAAUAUUGCAACAUAUUCUAAUGGCGCCCGUCGCCGUUGCCGCCACAACGGCCAACUCGCCGAGCACAACGAAUUCGCUGCAGGACAUGAGCGCCGCUGCUGCUGCCAUCGCCCUGGACAUGAAGCCCAAAGUCGAAUUGAUCGCGACGCCCCCGCAGAAGAUCAAAAAGCUGGUGCGUCGCAAUGCCUCCGACAAGCUGAAGCUCAUCCAGAUGGUGCACGAUAAUCCCAUUUUGUGGGACUCACGGCUGCCCAACUUCAAGGGCGCCGAGGAGGAGAAGAAUCGCGCCUGGGAGCACAUCGGCAGGGAGUUCAAUGCGCCCGGUCGCCGUGUGGCACGUGCCUUCAAAUCGCUCCGCGAAUCCUAUCGGCGGGAGCUGGGCCAUGUGAAGCAAGUCAGUGGAUUCAAGCCAAAGUGGAACCUGUAUGAGGCCAUGGACUUCCUCAGGGAUGUUAUCCGCGAGAGAAAGGGCGCUUCACAUGCCAGCGAUCUCAGCUUGAGCGCCUAUGCACAGCACUUGCACAACAACAACAACAACAACAAUAGUAAUAAUAACAACAACAACAACAACAACAAUAGCAGCAGCAACAAUAACAACAACAACAACAGCUUGCUGAGCGUUAGCAAAGCAGCAGCCUUAAAACUCAGCUCAUCGUUCAACGACUCGUCGAGCACCGUGCUGAAUCUGUCCAAGUGCUCCUCGCUGAAUCUGAGCAGCGAUGAUUACUAUUGCGAUUACUAUGUGAAGCCGGAGCUGGAUCUCUCGAGCGGCGGCGUUGGCGGUGGUGGCAACACUGGCGGCGGCGGCAGCAGCAGCAGCAGCGGUGCCAGCAGCAGCGGCAGCGCCGGCGGCGGCGGAGUGGUUGCCCUUGGCUGCCCAGUGGCCGGCCAGCCGCUGCCCGCCCAUCAGCAUGCGCUGGCGCUGGCGCAGGCAGCACAGCAGCACAAUGAUAGCCGUGUGAGUUCCACACGCAACGAUAGCAACGCUGGCCACGGAUCCCAUCAGGCGACGAGCUACGAUGAUCUGGAUGCGAGUUCGUUGCGCAGCGACGGCGACGGCGACGAGGAGGUGGGCAAUGCCUCCGAUGAGAUCGAGGAACUGGAGGCGAUCGAUGCCGACUUUCCCUAUCCCAUCAUACUCGACUCGAACUCGCCGCGCAGCAUCGGUGGCGUCGCCGAUGGCGGUGGCCAGUCGUCGACGCUGACGCGCAAGCGUCGCCGCAAUGGCGAACUGUCCGAUGAGCUGGACAUGGAUGCGGACAUCAAUGGCGGUGGGGAUGGCGAUGAUUAUGAGGAUCAAAUGCUCCAGCAGCAUCGUCAUCUGAGGCAGCAACAGAAUGCUGCCGCAGCUGCGGCCGCUGCUGCCGCCGCCGCCGUGGGUGGCAUGGAAUUGGCGCCGCCCCAAACCGUCCGCGAGGUGCUCAACUCGAAGUUCUGUGGCUUCAUCUCGGCCAAGCUGAACAGCAUGGAGGAUUCGGAGGCGGACAAUCUGAUGAAUCGCAUCCUGUUGCUGGUUGUUCAAAUGCAGCAGUGCGAGACGCUCAAAUAGGUCUAGGAAAAUGAGAGAAAUGGGA